AUGUCUCAGAUUACUCUCUUCACUGAUUCUCGAGUGCCUUGCCCACAGCGCCUGCUCCUCACUAUCCACGAACUUGGACUCCAGAUCAAGGAUAUUCGAGAGGUGGAUAUUUCCAAGUUUGAGCAUAAGCGCCCAGAAAUUUUGGAACUCAAUCCUUUCGGCGCUGUACCAUUCAUCAGAGACGAAACAUAUGAUCCCCCUUUAAUGUUGGCUGAAUCCCGUGCUAUUGCAAGAUAUUUGGCACAAGCGUACGGCAGCAAGGAUGUGUCCGCUUCGCUGCUUCCCGAUCCAAAUGACAUUGUUGCAAUUGCCAAAUUCGAGGAGGCAGCGUCAAUUGAACUUACAUCCUUCGACGCCGUCGCGAAUCAGCUAGUGUUUGAAGAACUAUUUAAGCCGUAUGUCCUUUCUGACUACCCACAUUCUAAAAACAGGGAUUUGAUCUAG